UGUCAGGUGGGUGUUCCCGCUCACUUGGGUCAUUCAGUGAACUCGUCUUUUCGUCUGCCCUGGUUCAGUUUAUCAUCGGGCUCGUCGAGGGUGACAGGGCACUGUGUUCAUCCUGUUUCCAGUUCUGGAGACCAGGUGGGAUUACUUGAGCUCAGGUAAUGCAUUAAGUAGCUGAAGGUUGAGGCAAGCCAACAUCCAUGGAGAACAAUUUUACAUUUGAGGAGGGCAGUGACGUGUCAUAUGAAGACAAUGGUCCAGCCUUCCCUUCUCCCUUAAAACUGACUUCACAGAGCCAGAGCGACAACUUCAAUGUCGAAAUCAAAGAUGAGGAAAAAGAGGAAGAGACCGAGGCUCCUCCUGAAGCCAUUGUUAUUCCCACUGAUUCAGAUGCUUUUCUGAAUGUAAACACUAAUGCCACCACCAGGGGGGAUGCUCAGGCCUAUGUGGAGUUGAAUGAGCUCCAGGGCAACAUCUGGCAGGAGACCAGCCGAUGGGUGGGCUAUGAGGAGAACCUUGACCCCGCCACAAAACAGUGGGGUCCAUCUCAUGUCUCCUACCUCACCUUUAAGAGCUUGCUCCAAGUUCGGAGAGCGAUGAACACAGGAGCCAUCAUCUUCGACAUGAAUGCCAGCAACCUGUCCUCUGUGGCUGAGAAAAUAGUGGACGAGCUGGUCAGCAAAACUGAAAUCCGCUCCACUGAUCGAGAUGCCCUGCUGAGAGCUCUCCUUCUGAGGCGCAGUCAGAAUGAUGGACCUGUGGUUACUCCGGCUGGAGACAUUCAAAUGCAAACUUUUUCUAUUGUAAAGAAGAGAGACAGCUCUGACAACAUGGAGGCUUCAAUUGUCCUCACAGGUAUUCUCGACCUCCUGCAGAAACCAGUGGUGGCUUUUGUCAGGCUGAGUGACACUGUAGUAAUGGAGUCUGUCCUGGAAUCUUCGGUGCCCAUUCGUUUCGUCUUCAUGAUGGUUGGCCCCAGCCACAGUGAAGUGAACUACACUCAAACUGGACGUGCCAUGGGUGCUAUGAUGGCUGACUGGGUGUUCAGUCUUGAAGCUCACCUCGCCCAAACUGAGAAAGAUCUGGCCCAAGCAAUUGCUGACUUCAUGGACUGCAGCAUUGUGAUUCCUCCCACUGAGAUCCAAGACAAAACAAUGCUAGAGUCAAUUGUUGACUUCCAGCAGACAAUGCUUCGCGAAAGACUCCGUCCUUCUGAUACCCGCCUUGCCUUUGGAGACAGAGCAGCAGCUUUAGAUACAGCUACAGAAGGGCCAAAGGAGGACCCUCUGGCCCGUACAGGCUAUCCUUUUGGUGGAAUGGUGAAAGACAUCAAACGCCGAUACCGCCACUACCUCAGCGACUACAUAGACGCUCUGAACCCUCAGGUCCUUGCUGCCAUCAUCUUCAUCUACUUCGCUGCCCUGUCACCUGCCAUCACUUUUGGGGGACUUCUAGCGGACAAAACUGAAAAAAUGAUGGGUGUCUCAGAGCUUAUGGUCUCCACCUGCGUCCAGGGUGUCAUCUUUUGCAUCAUUGCUGCCCAGCCUAUCCUCAUCAUUGGAUUUUCUGGACCUCUGCUCCUUUUUGAGGAGGCUUUCUUUGCCUUCUGCAAAGCCCAAGGCAUCGAAUACAUUGUGGGUCGUACCUGGGUGGGUAUGUGGCUGAUAGUGAUCGUGGUUGUAGUUGUGGCAGUGGAAGGCAGCUUCUUGGUCCGAUUCAUUUCACGCUUCACCCAAGAAAUCUUCUCAAUCCUCAUUUCACUCAUCUUCAUCUACGAGACCUUUGCCAAACUCAUAAAUAUCUUCAGAACCCAUCCUUUGAUCCUGAACUAUGAACAUGUCAACGACACACUGGACAACCCCUUCCACCCAGUCGUCAAGAAGCACAUUGAGAUUCAUCCAGAUGGCAAUGUGACCGUUCAAGACCUGGAGAUUGAAAGGCCAUAUCCCAACACUGCCCUGCUGUCUAUGUGCCUGAUGUUUGGCUGCUUCUUCAUUGCAUACUUCCUCCGUCAGUUCAAAAAUGGCACCUUCCUUCCUGGCCCGAUUCGUCGCUUAAUUGGAGAUUUUGGAGUCCCUAUUGCCAUCUUCUUCAUGAUCGCAGUGGACAUUAGCAUUGAGGAUGCUUACACUCAGAAACUAGUUGUGCCAAAAGGUGUUGAAGUGACCAAUCCCAAUGUCAGAGGCUGGGUAAUCAACCCUUUGGGAGAAAAAAAGCCUUUCCCUAUUUGGAUGAUGGGUGCCUGCUGUGUACCUGCUCUGCUUGUCUUCAUCCUCAUUUUCAUGGAGUCCCAGAUUACUACGCUGAUUGUGAGCAAACCUGAGAGGAAAAUGAUAAAAGGCACUGGUUUUCAUUUUGACCUGCUUGUCCUGGUAACCAUGGGUGGCAUUUCCUCUAUCUUUGGGGUCCCCUGGCUAAGUGCUGCCACUGUGCGGUCCGUCACCCAUGUCAACGCUCUGACUAUCAUGUCUAAGGGGCCCAAACCAGUGAUUGAGAAGGUGAUUGAGCAGAGGAUCAGUGGUAUGAUCGUGGCCAUCAUGGUUGGGGUUUCAAUUUUCAUGGAACCGAUACUGAGGAUGAUUCCAAUGACCGCCUUGUUUGGUAUCUUCCUAUAUAUGGGUAUCACCUCUCUAAGUGGGGUCCAGAUGUGGGACAGGAUCCUUCUGCUCUUUACACCGAAGAAAUACCAUCCAUCUAAUGCCUAUGCCACCAGGGUGAGAACUCCGAGGAUGCAUAUCUUCACUCUGAUCCAGCUUGUGUGUUUGGCCAUCCUUUGGUUGGUCAAGCAGAGCCCCUUCUCACUAGCACUGCCUUUCUUUCUCAUUCUCACCAUCCCACUGCGAAUCUUUAUGACCGGUCGGGUCUUCACUCCCUUGGAGAUGAAAUGUCUGGAUGCAGAUGAUGCCAAAGUGAAAUUUGACGAUGAAGACAUGGAGGGUGGAUUGGCAUAAACACCACUUUCAAGAAAAAUCCCUCAUUGAUUGUAAUUACAAACUGUUGUCAUUUUAAUCUUUAAAAUAUUACUUUUCAUUUCCAGCAUUCAUGCAACAUUUCUGUAGAUGAACAAGCAUUUAUUUUACAAUUACAGACAAAAGUUUACACAUAAAAUAUUUUGAUUAGACAUGUUUUUGAAAAAAGGAGGCACUUUUCCAUAUAAAUACAUUUAACCUACUUUUUCCAUCCAGUACAUAUUUAACGUAUGGGUUUUAACUGCUCAAAAUGUUUUCCAUUUACCUUUGUUUUAACACAGGAUUUUCUUGCUCAGCAUAACUUGUGAAUUUCUGGGAGCUUUCUUCCAGUGCCUUUUUCCCAUAGCCUAGAGAAUCUAGAGUAUUUUUAUCAAAUAUAUUUUAAGUCAUAUUUCUUAGGUUUGCUCCAUUUGAUUUCUUGUGUGUCAUAGUAUUUUCUGUUCAUGUUUGAAAUGUGUAUGAAAAAGAUGUGUGAGUUGCAUAUAUAAGAUUUUAGAUUGUAAUUACCUCAGAGAUAAUUUAAAUAAAUUAAAAUCAACAAAAAGUAAAGGGAAACAAAUAAUUAGACGUCAUUUAUAGCUGUUGGAACAUAAGAAAAUUAUUCUUGUAACUGACCUAAAUGCGUUAUAUGUUGUUAAUCAAAUGUGUGUGCUUACAAAACUGUACAUGGCUUUGAGUUGUUAUUUUAUCACAAAUAAAUUAAGUCUUUAAAAUGA